AUGAGGACCAGGCGGCGCUUCAAAGUCUUUGACUGGCCGCAUCGUGCGUGUUACACGGGUGCUGCGGGGAGGGGGGGCAGUUCUCCCAUCCCUGCUGCCUGGACCAGGUCACACUGCCUCUCCGCCAUCCUCUCAGCCUCACGGGCUCCUGGUUUGUCUUUCCAGUUUCCCUACGUAACCCCAGCACCUCACGAGCCGGUGAAGACCCUUCGAAGCCUGGUGAACAUCCGCAAAGACUCCCUGCGUCUGGUCAGGUAUAAAGAAGAUGCUGAUAGCCCCACAGAGGAGAACGGGAAGCAGAAAGCUUUGUACAGUCUUGAGUUCACCUUUGACGCCGAUGCCCGGGUUGCCAUCACCAUCUACUGCCAAGCAACAGAGGAACUGAUCAGUGGCAUGGCUGUCUACAGCACAAGGAACCCUGCUCUGCAGUCGGAGACGGUGCACUACAAACGAGGGGUCGGCCAGCAGUUCUCGCUGCCCUCCUUCAGGAUUGACUUCUCCAACUGGAAGGAUGAAGAGCUGAACUUCGACCUGGACCGGGGUAUUUUUCCAGUGGUCAUCCAAGCCGUAGUAGAUGAAGGCGAUGUUGUUGUGGAAGUGACUGGCCACGCCCACAUCCUCCUGGCUGCCUUCGAAAAGCAUGUCGAUGGUAGUUUUUCCGUAAAGCCCUUGAAACAAAAGCAAAUUGUGGACCGGGUGAGUUACCUGCUGCAGGAGAUCUAUGGCAUCGAGAACAAGAAUAACCAAGAGACCAAGCCCUGCGAUGACGAGAACAGCGACAACAGCAACGAGUGUGUGGUGUGUCUAUCAGACCUGCGGGACACUCUCAUCCUGCCCUGCAGGCACCUCUGUCUGUGCAACUCCUGUGCCGACACCCUGCGCUACCAGGCCAACAACUGUCCCAUCUGCCGUUUGCCUUUCCGUGCGCUGCUGCAGAUCCGGGCAGUGAGGAAGAAGCCAGGAGCCUUGUCACCACUCUCCUUCAGCCCUGUCCUGGCACAGACCCUGGAUCGCGAGGAGCAUUCGUGCUCAGACAACAUCCCUCCAGGGUACGAGCCCAUCUCCCUGCUGGAAGCCCUGAACGGCCUGCGGUCUGUCUCGCCGUCCAUCCCAUCGGCUCCCCUCUAUGACGAGAUCAGCUACACCGGGGUGCUGGAUGGCCUCCCUCCCUCCAGCAGGCCCCUCGGGGGGCUCGACCGAGGCACGGAGAGCAGCCACCAGAAGACCAAGCGCAGCAAGUCUCCGGACAGUGCUCUCCGGUCCCCCUCUUCCCCAAUCCACGAGGAGGACGAGGAGAAGUUCUCAGAAGACUUGGAGCUGGAGCCUCCUCUUGCUGGGACUGAGCAUAUCUUGCGGGAAGACAGCUCUCCAGAAAGCCUGGCAGCUGAAGAAGCUGAGGUGGUGGCCCCACUGCCACAAGGUAGCCAGCCUCCCUCCGUGGAGGACAUUGUCCAGGAGAGCAGCAAAACCUGUGAGGCCAAGAUCCGGAAAAUGGAGAGUGAGCUGCCUCCCGACAUCUCCCUGCCAGGGUCUUCCGACUUCACCAGCGCUCUCCCGAACCACAGGAGCAGCAGUUCCGGGCAGCCCUUCCUCUUCAUCCAGCCCCACCUCUGCGCUGAGAGUGGGCCGAACCCGUCCUAAGCACCUGGCCAAAGGGCCCCGCCCCAGCCGAUGAAUCAAACUCCAGGCACCCAGGCCGCCUGUCUGCAAGACGCCAACGUCCUCCACUUCCCUCCUGCCCUGAAGGGAUGUAGAUUCAGAUCCAAAGCAAGAUGGACAUUGUUUUUUCCCCUUUGGGCCCAGUCUCUCUCUCUCUCUCUCCUGGGUGUGAGUCUUGGUAGGGAUGUGCGUGACCCCCUUUGGCAGCCAUGAUGGGGAAGGCCGCCUCCUGGUCUGCUGCUGUGGACCUUCCCCUCCCCAGCGGGGAUUGUUCGCAAGCCAUUCCCCUCUGCUCCCUUGCUUAGCCAUUCAGCUUGGCUCCUGGGUUGGCUCUCAUGUGCAGUUAGCCAGAUGGGGCCCUCCAUGAGACAAGCCGGGGUGAAGCUGCUCCCUCCUGCUCCCUGCAUCCGAGCCCGCGAGCCGGAGGGCUGUUCUUCCCAUCUCCCACCCAGAUGCAACGCCUGUCACCCGCCGAUUGUAGCCUCAGAGUUCUGGGCUGCUUUCUCCCCUCCUGGCCCGCCCUUGUGGCCUGUGGCAGGAGGCCUCUUACACUGCUGCCAGCCACUCUCCCCCUGCCCCCUCACCCCCACGGAAGUCUCCUCUAGUGCCUGUCUUCUCUUUCCACGCCUAGAAGGUGUGUUCCUAUAUUUAUAGUAAUAAACCUUUCAAUGUCA